UGCGCCGCUGAUACUGCGGCGGCCGCUGUUGCCGCUGCUGCAGAUGUGAGCUACAAGAAGGCCCUUUACAUCUGGAUGCUGCAACAUGGACUCUUGUUACAUCAAAUGGAUGAAGAUUGCUGAAGUCAAAGAACAUUUUUUUUAUACUGCGGGUUCCUGCUGACGGAGAAAAGAGGCGGGAUCAGCCUGGGCACGUUAUCUGUCAAUCACUGGAGUAACGACACACCAAAGUGGAGUUUAAGGCAUCAAGUCAAAACAUGCAGUUUUAAAUAUGGACGAAAACCAAGUGAAAAUGUUUUCUUUUGUGAAUGUUGUUGUGGAUAUGAGCUACAAAAGGGCCGUGGCAUUUGGAUGAUACACAAUGGAUUAUUUUUUACAUCCUAUGGAUCGAAAUUAUUGCCCUGAUAUUCAAACAUCAUUUUUUAAUGCUGUUGAUUUUGAGUGAGAAAGUGGCGGGAUCCCCCUGGGCUAAUUACCUGUCAAUAAUCAGAGUGAAGUCCAGAUAUUCAUAUUUUAGCGCAGUUUUGAGGACCAAAAUGUAUUAUGUGAAUAUUUGCUACAAUACUUUUGCAUUUGGACCUCAUCCUGAGAUGAUGGACUAAUUUCUCAUUUUAUUGAACUGCUAUUCAUACAUAUUUUUUACACUUAGACGAUUCCCGUUUGCUCUCUAAACAGUGUGAAAACGCCAAAAUACGAAUGCCAGCCCUGCCGGCGAUGUGAAUGAUCAGAAAUCUUAUUUUGAAUACGUUCUUGGAUGUUGGCUUUACAGUAAUGCGUAAGCAUCAACAUUGUGUCAUCGUUUUGGCUGUGAUGUAUUUGUGCUAUUGGACGUUAGUGUUUCCUCAGAUCGUUGCAUCGGCUCUAUGGAAGCAAUGACACGGUCAAAUUGGAAUGUUCCUGUUUCCAGGAUUGUUGUCAUGGAAGCCAACAGUCAUUUUCUGUGACCUCAAUUGAAAAAAAGGGUCUGGAAGGAGCAUUCAGGUCUUCAGUGAACCUAUUUUGGCCUGUGAGAAGAAGUGUCUGAAGAUGCAAACGGCGAAUCCAAAAAGCUUCGUGGAAUCCAAAAUCCUUUUACGAUUGCCUGGACGCAAACUGUCUCCCUUGUUAAUCACGAUGAACUUACUGGGCCUGAGAGGACGCCGCAGGCUGUCAGAGUGAAGCCGAUGAUGCCGAGUUCUCAGGCACCCGCCCUUGGCCCCAAUGUAACCGAGGCCCCCUGGGAUUCGGGUUACGACUAUCCCGGCGGAGAUCCGGUGUGGGGCUCGUUGGCCAACAGCAUACUCAAGAUCGCGCUCAUAUCUGUGAUUGUGUGCGUGUCCUUGUUUGGGAAUGUAGUGGUUCUGCUGGUUUUCCAGAGGAAGCCUCAACUCCUACACGUAGCCAACCGCUUCGUCCUCAACCUCCUGUUGGCCGAUCUUCUCCAGACUGUGUUGGUCAUGCCCUUUGCCAUCGCGGCCACCGUGCCAGGGGUUUGGCCCCUGGAUGCCCGACUGUGUCAGGCGCUGGUGGUGCUCAUGCAUCUCUUUGCGUUUGCUGGCGUCAACACUAUCAUUGUUGUCUCCGUGGACCGCUACCUGGCCAUCAUCCAUCCUCUGUCCUACCCCACCCGGAUGACACCUCAUUUGGGCACCAACCUAAUCAUCUGCACCUGGGUGCUCAGCAUCGUGCAGAGCACACCGCCGUUGUACGGCUGGGGCGCCAUCGACUUCAACCACCAUCACAAGAUGUGCUCGGUGGUGUGGUCCUACAGCCUGUCCUACUCGGUGGUUGUAGCCACCUUCUCCUUCUGGCUCCCUGUUCUCGUCAUGCUCGGAUGCUACUGGAUGGUGUUCCGGGCUGCUCGGAGACAGAACGCCCUGGUGCACCCUAUACAGACGCGAUCCUAUUCCCAGCCCUGCCCUCAGGACUUCCCAGGACAGACCGGCUCGCCGCCCCAACAGGCCAGUUCACCUGACGGCCCUGCACCAGCCAAGGUGUACCCAGCUCGUGUGAGGCACAGACGCUUCCACUACCACUGCAAGGCCGCACGUGUCGUCUUUGUGAUCAUGGCGUCUUAUAUUCUCAGCAUGGGCCCCUACAGCGUACUGAACACCAUAUCCAUGAGCGCCAGAGCAGACGUACCCACCUGGCUGUCCUCUUUGGCCUUGGUGCUCUUCUUCCUCCAGUGCUGCCUGCACCCAUACAUUUAUGGAUACAUGCACCGUAGCGUGAGGAAGGAAUUCCUCGCCUUGCUCUGCGGGACGUUCUGCAAGCAGGGAGCGAGCUCGGCCGCUGAGAACUGCCUCACCACGGCGGGGGAGGGCCGCGCCGGGGCGCACCCUCACCUGCCCAGCCUGGCCGCCAGGGUCUUUCCAAUGCAGACAUGGGAGGAGUGUACCACGUCAUCCUCGCCCACCUUUGAGAGAAGGUCAAGGGACAGCCGCAAGGAGACCACCACAACCAGCGUCAGCUCGGAUCGGGAGCCCGCCGUCCACCGCGAGCAGAGUACUUAAAGACGGCACAUGGGGGCUGGAACUUUAGAACU